UCCGUACAGGAGCCAUCAUCUCCACCAGCAGCACCCACCUCCUCCUCAUCCUCCUCAUCCUCCUCAUGUUUACCUGAACGCGGUUAACGGGGCUGAUUGAUGGCCUAGAAACAUAUAUAUUUUCUGGCGGAACCGACCGGAACCGGAUCUGCUCGCAUGUCGUGAGGAGCUCGGAACACAUGCUCCAAAUGUCAACCUGCGCAGUGCCAAACUUGAACGGCGGCCUGGAGGCCAGUUCAGACUCGGACGAUGACGACAAGCUACAUAUCGUGGAGGAGGACAGUCUGCUGGAGCCGGAUGUUGCCAAUGCCAAGGCAAAGGAAACCCGUGGGGGUGCUGCCAGACUAUUACCACAAAACGGCUUCUGGAAAGGAGUGACAGAAGAGUUUGUGUCUGAAGAAGAAGAUGAAGAAGAAGAAGCAGGGGAGGAAGAGGAGGAGGAGGAUGCAGUGACGGAUGAUCUGGUGGAUGGCAUCCUCCAGAAAGGAGACACGGCCAUCAUCUACCCGGAAGCCCCCGACGAUGACCAGAGUCCAGCAGAGAUGGGCGGAGUGGAUGAAAACGGCACGCCGGACUCGUCGCAGCUGCACACGUGUCCCUACUGCUCGCGGGGCUACAAGCGCAACGCCUCGCUGAAGGAGCACAUCAAGUACCGCCACGAGACCAGCGAAGACAACUACAGCUGCUCGCACUGCAGCUACACCUUCACGUACCGCUCGCAGCUAGAGCGGCACAUGAGCCACCACAGGGGCAGCAAGGAGCAGCGUCACGUGUCGCUGUCCAGCUGUGGAGUCGGAGGGGUGCGUAAGUUCAAGUGCACCGAGUGUUCCAAGGCCUUCAAGUACAAGCACCACCUGAAAGAGCACCUGCGCAUUCACAGUGGAGAGAAACCGUACGAAUGCGCAAACUGCAAGAAGAGGUUCUCCCACUCGGGCUCAUACAGUUCCCAUAUCAGCAGCAAGAAGUGUGUGCGAGCAGUCACGCCAAACGGCGUUGCUCACAAAGCCACAAAGUUGCCCGUCGCCAACUCCACCGCCAUGCGAGUCGCCAUCGCUCCGGUCCGCCCGGCCCUCAAAGAGAAGCCUGAUAGCAAACCUCUCCAAGAACAGCUCCCCGUCACUCAGAUCAAAUCAGAACCAGUGGAACAUUCCUGCAAGCCGCCUGUGGCUGUACCGGCCGGGGUGGCGAAUACGGUGACCUCACAGCCAGCAGCGGCCCCUGCUGCGCUGCCUCAGGGCGUGACCAUGGUUCUGCCCACCAUGGGCAUGGGGGCACCACUCAACAUCAACAUGAAUGACCUGCAGAACGUUCUGAAAGUGGCCAUGGAUGGGAACGUGCUCAGGCAGGUGCUGGGUACGACCAACGGCACCGUGUUGCAGCCUCAGCAGCAGAUCAUCAGUCUGCCCGCCUUCGUGGACCAUGACGGCACCACCAAGAUCAUCAUCAACUACAGCAUCGGUCCGGCACCCGCCACCACCGCCUCUACCCAGCCCAUGUCGCUUUUUGUUAAAAACAACCUCCCCCUCACUCCUCUUACCCCGAUCGCCGCCGCCCCUACCCCCACUAAAACGGACAAACCACCCACUCCAAAAAUAGACCUCAGCCGCGUCAAGGAAGAACCUGAGUCAAUGCUUGUCACAGAAACAGAACCAAACCAGCAGAUGCAGAAGACCAUAAAGACGGAAGCGGCUGACGUUCCCCAAGCUGACGGCGCCAAUGCUUGUUUACUUUGCGAAGACUGUCCUGAAAACCUGGAGGCGCUGCACUUGCUCCAGCACCACAAGGCGGCCAACAGCGAUGCCGUGGACUCUGCCACUCUGGACCCUUCCUUUGCCGAUCUUCUCAGCGAGGCAGGGGUGACGCUUCAGGAACCUCCCGUGGACGACCUCCUGUCGCACCUCAAGAGCUACUUCGCCUCCAACGCCAACCCUAGCAAGGAAGAUCUGGAGAAGAUCUCAGACUCUGUCAGUAUUCCCGUGGACGUGGUUAGGAAAUGGUUUGUCAAGAUGAACACUGGCAAGAAAAGCAGCGACAUGGAAGAAUCCAAACCGAUUCUACUGCCAAAGUCUGACUUGGAUUCCUGCAAUCAGAGUGGAGAGAGACAGGAGGAUACCAAAGCCUCAUUGGAGUGUGGAAGUGCUUCCCCAUCCGAUUCCUCGUCGUUAAGCCUCAAACCCGGCGACCUGGUCAUUGUCAAAAGCGAGCCGGAGGACCCGGAGGCUCCGGACUCUCAAGCAGAACCUUUGGACCUUUCCCUUCCGAAACAGGUUCGAGCCGUUCCGGAAGACUCGCCUCCUGCCAAGAAGCCACCGCAGCCUCUCAACCUGGCCUGCCUGCGGAAAGAGCAGGUCGGUGGGCGCACGGUCUACGUAGCCACACCUCAGACCCGCAACAUCGUCCCUGCCUCGCAGAUGCCCACCCUGGUGGCCAUCACCGGUCAGGGCACGGUGGGCUGUCUGGGCUCCCUCAACACUUCAGCCAAGCGAACCAUCCUCAUCCCGCAGCUAACCUACACCUACGCCGCCACGACCGACAACGCAGCCAAGACGGUUGUCCUCAACGGACACAAGACACCUGACACAAGUUCUGAUGUGUCUGCGGCUGAGGACCAAAAGGAACUGAAGAAGGCGCGGCUUGAAAACGGCGUCUACGCCUGCGAUCUUUGCUCCAAGGUCUUCCAAAAGGGCAGCUCCUUGCUCAGGCACAAAUACGAACACACCGGAAAACGUCCGCAUGAGUGCCCGGUCUGCAAGAAGGCCUUUAAACACAAGCACCACCUGCUGGAGCACUCGCGCCUGCACUCAGGCGAGAAGCCCUACCAGUGUAACAAGUGUGGCAAACGCUUCUCGCACUCGGGCUCAUACUCGCAGCACAUGAACCACCGCUACUCCUACUGCAAGAGAGACGCGUUCAGCCAGGACAUCGGCCCGACGUCGGACAGCUUCGGCCCGACGUCGGACAACUUCGGCCCGACGCCGAUCUCCCAGCUGGACUCUGACGGCCGGGAGAGCGAGGACGACGAAGCCAUGUGCUUGGACGACGUCAGAGUGGUGCAGGUGGACGACGGCGUGUGCGAGAUCUACGAGGGGAACUUCGACGACGAUGACGAGGACGAGGACGAGGAGGAUGGAGAGGAGGAGGAGGAGGAGGAGGAGGAGCAAGUGGAGGCGCAGGUGGAGGAGCCAGAUGGGGAGCAAGAAGAAGCGCCGGAGGAGGAGCAAGAAGAGAUGCUGGAAGAUGAGCAAGGAGAGGCGCCGAAGGAGGAAGGGGAAAAGAAAGACGAGGGGAAAGGGAAGAAGGCGGAGGCGGCAGACAUGGAAGUGGAUGAAUUUGUAUGCGGGGUUGUGGAGGUGGAGCUGACGCACGACCAGUCGCAGGAAUCCACAGAGGACAAAGAGGAGUCUGCGGGUGUAAAUUUGGAGCAGGUAGCGGACUGCACCUACAAAAACAUCAGGGAUUGGUCGGACAGCGAGGGAUCCUCGGACGAAGCUGUGACAAACGCCAAAUGAGCGAAUUCCUUCAGGACACUUUGACGAGAACGGUCCACUACUGUGUUGAAACCGCCGGGUGUGCCUGAACUCCACAAGCUUUUUUGUUUUCCCGUGCAAAUAUCAGUGUUACAAAUGUUUAUAAACGUCGUUUGUUUGCUCCCGGUUACUAACUCGCUCGACUUGUUUCUACGACCUUUUUAUUGCCAAUGAAGUUUCCUAAAAGUCAGUAUUUUAUUGAGUUCUACGAACAAAAACGCUCUGCACUACGGUAUUCCCGCUGCGGGUACGCGCCUCACCCAUCGUCAAGUCCUUCAGUGUUACGUUUGUGCGCUAGCCGGCGUUUUCAGUUUCAGACUGUUAGCCUUAAGGAAAACAAGCUGGGGCGGUUCCUGGGAGUCAUAACACCAGAAAGCUAGCAGAAAAAAAACACAAACUCCUCAUUCGGGUCGAGCUGCUCCACGCCGGCGCCCCCUGCCUUAUGCAAGACCUGCGUGCUGUUAAAGUGCCAUUGAACAGUGUUGUCGCUUGGACAGUAUUAUUGCUAUUAUUUCGUUACGUCUGUUACUCGAUUCGAGCGCCGCGUUGGCUCGCCUUUGACCGCCUGCUCACAACAGCCGCCGCAUGCCACCAAGGACACAAAAAUAGUCAUGCUUUUAAAAAUGGUAAAGAAGUAAAUGCUCGUUGAGAUUUUUCUCCCCGAGAUCUCAAGUUUACAAGGUUUUUUACAAUAAACUAUCCCAAAGAUGGCAUGUAGCAUGACAGGAAGUACUAGUACAAAGUUGAUGGUGUCAUAAUCAGCCUGCGAUCAUCUUUAUUGAUUACUGAGUUGGACGCUUUUAUUAACGUGAGGAAGCUUUUUAAUGCAGACAAAAUGUUGCACACUGAACUCACCUGUGGAUUUUAUCUUUGCUCACGUUGAACAUCAUCAACUAUAUUGGUCCGGCUUGUGCACUUGUCUUCAGGUUAAGAUGGCGGCGAGCUGUCCCGCACUUCAGGUGGCAAACGUCAGCCAACGUGACGUUCCUGUGCUUCAUUUUACCUUAACAGUAUUUGUUGUUUCCUCCCACUUGUUUCAUUUAAUGUUUUAACAAAAGCCAGUAUUAGAACUUUUUUUCCACAGUUUUAGUCUUUAGACAACUUUUUUUUUUCUUAAAUAUUUAUGUGUCUUAUUUUUGUAUUUUCUUUGAUGGUUAUUUAUUACACAUUGUAGUGUACAUGACUGUAGGCUGAAUUGAUACAAUAAUAUAUUUUAGUAUGAAAAAUAAUCCCGUUUUCUGUUUUACAAAAAGGUGAAAAUGUACCACAUGUAUUCUAUUAACACAAAGACGAGGAAUGAAAAUGUUAUCGUCGUUAUGAAGCUACUGAUUUGAAGUGCAUGAAUCGUCGUGGUUUCAGCGAUGGAUGUCCUCGCAGACGUUGUCCUCCCACUUUUUUCUUUAUAGAGUAUUUGGUUUUUUUUUGUGUCCUGUUCCGUGCCAUGAAUUUGUUCCAGCGGCCCAAUGAAGGCUGCGUCAUGUUUGCAAUGAACCCACUGUCCUUUCUAAUGUCUUUCUUUUACUUCUGCUCCAUUUUUAUGACUCCCAUCACAAUAAAGAUGUGACUGCAUCCCGA